ACAUGCACCUACCGUCAAACGGAGAAACUUUUCAUUAAUGGCGGCACUGUUGAAGAAAAGUUAGAAAUGGUUACCGAAUCUUUAAAAUCAUCUUCCAAGAUGGAUGAUGAUUCUGAAUUGCUAUUUUUUGAUACUUUCUCCCACGAGAAUAGUGAGGAGUUAAAUUUGGAUCUUGUUCAGUUUCCUCGUCCUGUUUAUAUUCAUGAAAUUAGAAUCAUACCUUUAGGAGCAAGAGUUCAAGCUGAUUUUCCUGGAGGACAUAGACUUGGGGCUACAAAUCCUUCAACUUUUCAACUUGAAUUUUUUGUUAAUGAUUUAAGUACAAUUGGUGCUUGUACUUUCAAAAAAUUAGGAAACCUUGAAUAUAAACAGAAUGUGGAUAUUCAAUUUCUUGUUAUGGAUAAGAUUCCAACAGAUGGUCUUGUGCUUAGAGGAUGGUAUUGUACAAUUACAUUGGCUGUAUAUGGUAUGCUAACAAAAGUUUGCAAAGAACGAUCUUCACCACCACCACCUCCUCCACCACCUCAAACUAAUCUUAGAUCACAACCAAUUGAAUUAAGGCCCGUAAUCCCACCUUUGGAAUUUGAAUGUCCUCCAGUGAAACCUGUAGGAGUGCCUAUGUCUGACUGGGAGCAUCAGCAAAUUCUUAAACCUGUUGUUGAGCCACCUCCGCCACCUGUUCGUGCUCAUCCUCCUCCUCCACCACCAACUGUAGUAGAAAGUUCUCAUUAUACUGAACCUCUUCCUGUUGUUCGUACUGAACAGUGUCCUCCAUCUUUUGUUGAACAUGCACCAUCAACAGUUUAUGUUGAGCCACAAACAAUAGCAUAUCCUGAACAUUUAAGUGGUUCACUUUCUGGAAAUCAUGGUGCACCACCACCUCCACCACCUCCACAAUCAUCUUAUCCUCCUUAUGAUGUUCCUUACACAAAAACUUGGUCUUCUCAAGAUGAUUCUUACCCAAGAGAAACAGAAUCCUAUGAUAGACAGGUUUACAGCAGACAAGAUGCAAAAGUUUAUGGAGGAUCAGGUAUUGGUGUACAUCCUAUGUGGGAGCAUCAAGAAUUAAGAAAUUCUCAAGAUAUGUCAGAUAGAUCAAUUUAUUCACAUGAAUCUGUACAUGAUCAUAAAUCCACGUUUCUCAGAGAAAAGGAAACUGAACCAAAAGAUCGAGACAGGGAUAGAAAUUGGGAAAAAGAUCGUGAUAUUCAUCCAGAGUAUAAAGAUGAUGAUAGACAAAGUAGGAGUUCUGGUAGAGAUUCAAAGAGACGUGAUAGAGAUCAUAAAAGUAGAGAUUCAAAUUGGGAAAGACAAUCACAGGAAGUAUCAGAUAGGUAUCCCAGAGACAGAGAAAAAGAACGUGAUAGAAGUCGAGAUUCUGGUAUAAGGGAACGUGACAAGGAUAAAGACAGAGAAAGAGAUCGUGAUAAAGACCGUGCUAGAGAUAGACCGAAGGAAAGAGAACGAUUUCGUGAUUCCAUAAGAGAUAAAGGAUCUGGUUCAAGAUCUAGAGAUUCAAGUAGAGAAAGUCAUGACAGACAAAGAUCAGAUUUAAAUAGAAAAGCAUCACCAUUACCAUCAUCAUCAUCUCCAAAAUCAUAUAGACCAAGAACUCCUCAGUCUCCCAUAUCAGUUGAAACUGAAAAAACAUCUGCUUGUGGUCCAAGAACUCCAAAAGAAGAUGAACCUGGUGAAUUAGUAGAUGAAACAGUUUCAGAAGAUGCCGUUGCUGAAGAUUUAUUUGAGCCACUUACACCAGAUCCUUUGCCUUGUGAACAAUAUACUUUGUCUGAUGGAGAAAUAAUAGAAGGAAACCUGGAAGAUGAUGAUGUAUAUGAAGCAAUAGUUAGUGAAGAAGAAGAUAUGUCUGAUGUUGAUGAAAGAGUUAUUGACAUGGUUGAAUUAGAUUAUGAUAUUGGAGAUGAAACAUGGAAUUAUAUGUCAAGCUUCAAUCCAUUUCAGUUUGAAUUAGUACCUCUUCAAAGUAAAUACAGCAAAUUGUUCUUUGAAACUUCAAAUUUAUAUAAAAAGAAAAAAGGUGUUGAAUUAGAUUAUGAUAUUGGAGAUGAAACAUGGAAUUAUAUGUCAAGCUUCAAUCCAUUUCAGUUUGAAUUAGUACCUCUUCAAUAUUUUCGUGAUCCUUCUUUAACUUCUUUUGAAGUUACCAGAAGUAAUUUGUUUGAUAAAGAUAACAGUCAGCUUACUGAAGACGCAAAGAAAUUACUGCAAAUAAUUAAGCAAUUUUCUGACAAAGAUUAUACAGAAAAGUGGGUUGAAGCUGUUGAAACCAUUGCGGUUAAUUUAUUGUCUUCAGGAUUAGCAUCAGUUUCUGAUGAUAAUUUAUACAAUUCUAUUUUAGAGACUCUUUUGAAUUGGGUUGAAGAAGGUUUAAAUUUCGAUGCUGCACUUAAACAAUCUGUUCCAGUUUAUAAAGUUCGACAUAUGAAAGCAGGAAUUCGUUUAGCUAUUGCCUUAUUUCAAACAGAUGCAAAUAUUACAAAUAAAUUAUUGGAGAAAGACAUUCCUCAUAAAUUACUUGAAUUAUAUGAUCAACAGUUUAUGGCAUUGCCAAUUAAACUUCUUAUUCUAAGAGCUAUAGAUGCUUCAACCUUUACUAAACAAGGAAUGACAUAUUUUAUUCAGAAAAACUAUUUAUAUAAACCAAGUUAUGCAAUUGAUCUAAAAAGAGAGGUUGCUAAUUCUAAUGAAAUGAAUUGUAAUGAAGAUAAACAAUGUAAAAAUAAGUUAGAAUCAAAAACUCUCACUGGAUAUCAAAAGUUGUUAGAUAUGUUAAUGGAGAAACAGUCUACUAGAGCUGUGGUAGGUGUUGCGGCUUUAAUGCAAAAAGUUCAUCUUAAUGAAGUUUUACAGGAACUAAGGGAUACUGUUGAAAAAUUAGUACAAACAACUGGAAUAGAAAAUAAGACAGUAGAUUCUUCUGAUAGUAUUGAACGACAAAAUAUUGAUACCGAUAGUGAAACUGCUCCAAAUCUUAUUGAAGAUGCUUUAGUAGAAGUUCUUACUAGAUGUUUAAGUGAAAUUACACGUACUUACAAAAAUGCAAGAAAAUCUGUGGCACAACAGUUGAGAUAUUUACCAGCAAGAAAUCAGUUCAAUGUUGAUCCAACUCCAUUUGAUCCUCAUCCUGGACUCUAUAGAAUGUUUCAAGAGAACUUUCUGUUAGAAAGUAUAUUUAUAUUGGUUUCUUCUCCUGCAACUUCUGCACACAUGGAUAUUUUGACAGCAAUAAAAGAUCUAUUUAUAGAAUUAUUCAAUUCACAACCAGGAAUAUUAUUUUUAAUGUCUAAUCCUGAUGCAGUAAAUGGAAUUCAUAGAGCAUUAAUGCAAGUUGAUGAUUCGAGAGAGGACAGCAAUGAAGAUAGUAUUAAUCAUUGUCUUGGAAUGCAAUUAAUUUGUCAUCUGCAAGCAUUACAGCUUGUUGAUACAUUGCUUGCUUAUCAUGCAAGAGGAGGACCAAAAAAAGAAUUGGAUGAUCCAAGUGCUGUUUCUGCUCUUCAUCAUUUAUAUACAAUGAUAUUUGAUCUUCCAAUUGGGAGAACAACUGUAGUUAGUGUGUUAAGUGUAGAAAAUAAUUUAGAUGCAUUACUACCAUUUGUUCAAAUGACAGGAAAUGAAGAAUUUGAUACAAAAUUAGCAAAAUCUGUUUGCACUGGAUAUGCAACUGAAUUACUCAUAUUAACUGUGCAAUGUAGUGAAAGAAUAUCAAUGAUUGAAAAUUUUGCAGAAGCAUUGACAAAUCUUAGCAGUCAAGAAGCGACUCCAAAACUUCAUGAAUUAGCUUUAUGGAUGGCACCUACUAAAAAAAUACCAAGUUAUACAUAUGAAGCUAUUGGCCACUUAAUGAAUUAUAUUAAAACAUGUUCAGAAAAUGCAGCUUCUCUUCCACCAGAUUUGAUAACUGCACUUAGAAUUUUGCAGCAUGUUACUGUACCAAAUUCUUCAAAAAAUAAAGAGGAAAAUGAAGAAUUGAAGUAUAAAUAUGCAGUCAUUCAAGUUUUUUCAAAUGAUGGUUUAUCUUGUUUUUUGGCAAUUUUACAGAAAAUUUGUGAUGCUUUCUUGAAACCAUCAAAUCAAUCUUUUGCUUUAGUUGGAAUUCAGGGUAUAUUGGUAAUAGCUAUUUGUAAGCCUGUUGUCAUUUUGCUUCAGUUUAUGCUUCAGUAUUUAAUAUAUUGCAGAGGUGCAGAAUUUAAAGAUUUGACAGCUGUUCCUGUUUUGCUCCGGACACAUUUACUUAUGAGUUUAAUUCCAAUGUCUUCAUUUUUUUAUGCUGUAACACAGCAAGUACAGUCUGAAAUAGUAGAAACAUUAUUGGCAUAUACCCAACCAUAUAUUGGAUCUUCAGAAUCUGAAGAAGCAUUAAGCAAAAGUCUUUGGACAAAAAUGAUUCAAGAAGUUUUAAAAUUUUUAUUACAAUCUCCAAAUACAUUUACAACUGGUUUAAGUGUAUUUUCUGAACUUUUACCUUUACCUCUUCCGUUACAGACUCGAGAGCCAUUGUUGCAAGAAGAAGUUUCAAGAGCAGUAAAUUGUAGAAAACUAUGGAGUGCUCAUCUUCAUUCAUUAAGUCCAAUUAUUCAAGAUAUAAUUAUUAGUUUGUCAGCUUCUAGUUGUCAUCCUUUGCAACAAUUACUACGAAGAGUUUGUGUUCAGUUGUCUGAUCUUGCUACACCGACAGCAGUGGUGGUUGUUAGAGCUGUUUUGGAUGCUUUAUUGGAUAGUUUUGUUCCAAAUAUGAUUACAGAGGAAAAAGCUGAAGCCCAGGGAAUGUCAUUGCAGUGGGAAGUAAAACCAUGUUCAACAGCUAUUGCUCGCAUUUUGAAUUUAAUUGCAUACUUGGUAUCACAUGCACCAUUCAAAAUUCCAUUAAUAAAUAUUUUAAGAGGAAGUGUCAAGACAGAUGAAAAGUAUUCAGAAAUUUUGAACAUGAUUCUCGAUCAUUUAAAUUUUGUAUCGAGCAAGCAAUCUCAUAUAAAUUCUCAAGAAUGCAUUGUGUCAAUACUUCAAUCACUUUGUGAUCCAGAUAUAGGUUUUGUUACAUUGGAAGGAGGUGCUUCUGUUAGUGAAGUGUUGGCAAAUUCUCUUCCACCUAAGGAACAUAUAUCUGAAAUUAGUGGAGCAUUGAUACAACAUAUUGGCAAUCAUCAGCAUACGUUUGCAUCAGUUUUGCCAUCAUUAAGAACAUUAGUUAUGCUCACAGAACAUGAUUUUGGAUUUUUUUAUGUGAAACAAGCUUUAAUUCAACAUCCAUCAACACUUCGAUCUUUAUUUGCACGUUUGAGUACCACCUUCAGCAAAGAUAGCUCAGAUUGUUUAUCAACUUUGUCAACAACUUUAGAAUUUUUAAGACUUAUGGUUCAUGGAUAUGAAGAAACAUCUCAACCGGUUCCUGCUCGAACUUUGGUUCUUUCAACAUCAGAGUUACGCAAAAUUCUUGACUGGUAUAAAUUUGAGCAAAACACAAAUAAUAAUUCAUCUGAAAAACAAUCGCAUCCGUUAUUUGAACUAGAACGCCUUUUAACGGAAUGUUCAACAGAUGAAGAAGCAUUAGAAAGUCUUUUGGAAAGUGUCAGUGGUUUUAUACAACUACUGAGUAAUCCAGAAGAAGAUAAAGUUGAAAAAGGGCAUAUUGAUACAUUUACUUUUACAGCAUUAAGCAAAAGUCUUUGGACAAAAAUGAUUCAAGAAGUUUUAAAAUUUUUAUUACAAUCUCCAAAUACAUUUACAACUGGUUUAAGUGUAUUUUCUGAACUUUUACCUUUACCUCUUCCGUUACAGACUCGAGAGCCAUUGUUGCAAGAAGAAGUUUCAAGAGCAGUAAAUUGUAGAAAACUAUGGAGUGCUCAUCUUCAUUCAUUAAGUCCAAUUAUUCAAGAUAUAAUUAUUAGUUUGUCAGCUUCUAGUUGUCAUCCUUUGCAACAAUUACUACGAAGAGUUUGUGUUCAGUUGUCUGAUCUUGCUACACCGACAGCAGUGGUGGUUGUUAGAGCUGUUUUGGAUGCUUUAUUGGAUAGUUUUGUUCCAAAUAUGAUUACAGAGGAAAAAGCUGAAGCCCAGGGAAUGUCAUUGCAGUGGGAAGUAAAACCAUGUUCAACAGCUAUUGCUCGCAUUUUGAAUUUAAUUGCAUACUUGGUAUCACAUGCACCAUUCAAAAUUCCAUUAAUAAAUAUUUUAAGAGGAAGUGUCAAGACAGAUGAAAAGUAUUCAGAAAUUUUGAACAUGAUUCUCGAUCAUUUAAAUUUUGUAUCGAGCAAGCAAUCUCAUAUAAAUUCUCAAGAAUGCAUUGUGUCAAUACUUCAAUCACUUUGUGAUCCAGAUAUAGGUUUUGUUACAUUGGAAGGAGGUGCUUCUGUUAGUGAAGUGUUGGCAAAUUCUCUUCCACCUAAGGAACAUAUAUCUGAAAUUAGUGGAGCAUUGAUACAACAUAUUGGCAAUCAUCAGCAUACGUUUGCAUCAGUUUUGCCAUCAUUAAGAACAUUAGUUAUGCUCACAGAACAUGAUUUUGGAUUUUUCUAUGUGAAACAAGCUUUAAUUCAACAUCCAUCAACACUUCGAUCUUUAUUUGCACGUUUGAGUACCACCUUCAGCAAAGAUAGCUCAGAUUGUUUAUCAACUUUGUCAACAACUUUAGAAUUUUUAAGACUUAUGGUUCAUGGAUAUGAAGAAACAUCUCAACCGGUUCCUGCUCGAACUUUGGUUCUUUCAACAUCAGAGUUACGCAAAAUUCUUGACUGGUUUAAAUUUGAGCAAAACACAAAUAAUAAUUCAUCUGAAAAACAAUCGCAUCCAUUAUUUGAACUAGAACGCCUAUUAACGGAAUGUUCAACAGAUGAAGAAGCAUUAGAAAGUCUUUUGGAAAGUGUCAGUGGUUUUAUACAACUACUGAGUAAUCCAGAAGAAGAUAAAGUUGAAAAAGAAAUUUUGGAGCCAACAUUACCUCCAGCAGAAAGCCAAUCAGCCCAGUUUGCUGUCCGUCCUGUUUAUAUAGUAGGUGAAAUUGAUGAAGAACGUUUAAGUCCUUCAUAUUGGCUAGCAGUUCCAGGUGCUGAAGAAACUGAUCAAGAAGUUGAACAGAUACCAAUGGAUUUAAUAGCAUUAUCAGAGAAGUAUUGGCCAGACUUUGACUUGAAGAGCGAUUUAGAAAAACUUUGUCUUUCUGUCUCUGAAACAGACACUGAAGUUAAAAAUAAAAAGAAAACUAGGUAUGUGUUCAGUAAAUAUAUUAUUAACACUGAAUGUUCAAUUUUAUUUUUAGCUUCUAGUUGUCAUCCUUUGCAACAAUUACUACGAAGAGUUUGUGUUCAGUUGUCUGAUCUUGCUACACCGACAGCAGUGGUGGUUGUUAGAGCUGUUUUGGAUGCUUUAUUGGAUAGUUUUGUUCCAAAUAUGAUUACAGAGGAAAAAGCUGAAGCCCAGGGAAUGUCAUUGCAGUGGGAAGUAAAACCAUGUUCAACAGCUAUUGCUCGCAUUUUGAAUUUAAUUGCAUACUUGGUAUCACAUGCACCAUUCAAAAUUCCAUUAAUAAAUAUUUUAAGAGGAAGUGUCAAGACAGAUGAAAAGUAUUCAGAAAUUUUGAACAUGAUUCUCGAUCAUUUAAAUUUUGUAUCGAGCAAGCAAUCUCAUAUAAAUUCUCAAGAAUGCAUUGUGUCAAUACUUCAAUCACUUUGUGAUCCAGAUAUAGGUUUUGUUACAUUGGAAGGAGGUGCUUCUGUUAGUGAAGUGUUGGCAAAUUCUCUUCCACCUAAGGAACAUAUAUCUGAAAUUAGUGGAGCAUUGAUACAACAUAUUGGCAAUCAUCAGCAUACGUUUGCAUCAGUUUUGCCAUCAUUAAGAACAUUAGUUAUGCUCACAGAACAUGAUUUUGGAUUUUUCUAUGUGAAACAAGCUUUAAUUCAACAUCCAUCAACACUUCGAUCUUUAUUUGCACGUUUGAGUACCACCUUCAGCAAAGAUAGCUCAGAUUGUUUAUCAACUUUGUCAACAACUUUAGAAUUUUUAAGACUUAUGGUUCAUGGAUAUGAAGAAACAUCUCAACCGGUUCCUGCUCGAACUUUGGUUCUUUCAACAUCAGAGUUACGCAAAAUUCUUGACUGGUUUAAAUUUGAGCAAAACACAAAUAAUAAUUCAUCUGAAAAACAAUCGCAUCCAUUAUUUGAACUAGAACGCCUAUUAACGGAAUGUUCAACAGAUGAAGAAGCAUUAGAAAGUCUUUUGGAAAGUGUCAGUGGUUUUAUACAACUACUGAGUAAUCCAGAAGAAGAUAAAGUUGAAAAAGAAAUUUUGGAGCCAACAUUACCUCCAGCAGAAAGCCAAUCAGCCCAGUUUGCUGUCCGUCCUGUUUAUAUAGUAGGUGAAAUUGAUGAAGAACGUUUAAGUCCUUCAUAUUGGCUAGCAGUUCCAGGUGCUGAAGAAACUGAUCAAGAAGUUGAACAGAUACCAAUGGAUUUAAUAGCAUUAUCAGAGAAGUAUUGGCCAGACUUUGACUUGAAGAGCGAUUUAGAAAAACUUUGUCUUUCUGUCUCUGAAACAGACACUGAAGUUAAAAAUAAAAAGAAAACUAGUAUUAUUAGUAAAAGAAAAUGCCAUCCACUUGUUAAUCCAAGUAAUGGGGAAACACCAACUAAAAAACCAUUCAUUGCUCCAAUGCGUGGACGUGGAUUUGGACGGGGAACGUCUCAUUCCAGUAGAGCAAAUGAUCCAUUUCGUUCAAGACCACCCAAUACUAGUCGGCCCCCUUCAAUGCAUGUGGAUGAUUUUCUGGCAUUGGAACAUCAUCAUCAUCAUCAAUCACCAUCAUCUACUACUUCCACAACUAAACGAUCUGCUAAAGAAGCAUCUCGUGGAAGGGGACGAGGAUUUGAUAAUGGGAGAGCAUUUGGAAGUACUAGGGGAGGUAGAUUUUUUAGUCCUCCGGGAUCAUAUAAUAGAAGAGAUACAAAUCGAACUGGAAAUACAAGGGGAACUACUCGGGGAGCUACUAAUGCUUGGGGUAGAAGUAGUUCAAGCACUGCUGCAAAAGCACAAAAUUCUAAUGUGAGGACUUUUGGACGUGGAAGUCAUACGGAACAACGGCAGUCGGUGCAAAGGAACAGAGAUUCUUAUAAUGGAAAUUCGAUGUCUGGGAAUACUGGAAGAUUUUCACGUAAUACUCAUAGUACACUAGGAAGUAAUCAAGGACAUUGGGCCGAAGCAAGAAAUAAAGCACAAGAUAACAGCUUUAAUUUCAGAUUUGGAUCAACAAAUAGUUCGACAAGAGGGAGAAGAGACAAUCAGAGUAGGCACGCUCGAUCAUUUACCCGAUAAACAAUUACAUAUUAAAAUUGUAAAUAUGAAAACAUGUGCAUAUUUUGUAAAUUUUUAAUGAAUCUUCAUCAUAAUGAACUCUGCAUGUUUGUAAUAAUCAUCAUGUUUAUUUUAUUAAUAUGGGUGACAUUAUUUACAUUAAUUGUCUUUAUAUAAAAACAAAACAUAAAUCACAAACUCAUUUUUAAUGUUCAAGUAUGUAUAUUAGGAGUGCUGUUUGACUUUUUUUCAACAAAAUGCAACAUAAUGGAUUUAAAUAAAAUAAUGAAAAGAUACUCUAGCAUUAUUGUUUUUAAUAAUUUAUAUUAAAAAUACACAAGUUCAUUUCUUUUAUGAUUAAAAAUAUGUGCAAGGUGUUUCAAAAAUGUGGGGCAAAGUUGCAGGAAUGAUUCCUCAUAUAGAGAAUAACAAUAAGCUAUAGUAACAUCGGUCUGAAAAUGCUUUGUUUUGUAGUUAAUUAAUGAAAUACCACAUUACCUUAGAUUUAGUGUUCAAAAUGUUCGUCUGCCUGAAUACAGGCUUCAACUUAUUUCAUAAAUUCCAAAUGCACUACCAAGUUCCAGGCAUAAUGUCAAGUUGCCAUAAUUUGCUCACAGAGUUUGGCAUCAUUUACUGCAGUUGAAUACACCAAAGACUUAAAUGCCUCCACCAAAAGAAGUCCAAUGGGUUCAAAUGUAGUUUAACAUCAUUUCAUCUAGGCAUGGUUACACAUUUUAUCAUGUACAUAUGUACAUAUUUGAGUCUUGGAUUUUAUUGAACUAAUGAAUGCAUUAGGGUAUGCUAGGAUCUUACUGUAUAGCCUUAUAACUUCAAACCAAAGCAUAUCUGGACCCAUGUCAUAAAUUAUUUUUCUUUUCCAUAUAUGAGAAAUCCUUUUCUGAAAUUUUAUCCUGUAUUUUUGAAACAUCCUAUAUAUUUUUCAAUAAUAUACCCAUAUUUCAAUUAUUGUUUUCAAAUAAUGAAAAUAUAACUAUCCAAUAACAUAAACAUUAAGUGUUUUUAUUUGAUGUUCCCAUAAUUGGAAAAUGAGUAACAUUUGAGUAACUAGAGCCACUUUUAUAUACAUGUGCACAAGGAACCAACCUUGACCAUGCAGAUACGGAAUGCCCAAAUAAAGUUAAUUUUGAAAAAAAAUUAAAGCAAAUAUAAAUUUCACUUUGUAAAAAAUCAGUGAUAAAUAUCAGGAUUAUGCAAAGAUACUUGAUGCCCAUAUGCAAGAAGAAAUCAGGAUUCCCUACUUUAUUUUAAAUGGGAAGGGAAUCUUGCAAGAGCUUAGUAGUGUUUAGGUCCCAAGGACUUAAGCACCCAAGCAUCUUGUGUAAGUAUAGUCCUGCUCAUAUACACAAAAAAAAUGGCAAGUUUGAUUAUCAAUAUUACUGGUUCUUGAUGAAUAUUUGAAAUGAUUUUUACUCAUACUGUACAUUAAGUAGUUAUGUCUAAAUACAGUACUACAUAAUAAAAAAUAAUUAAUAUUGCUUUCACACAAAAUAGAUAUGACAAUUAGAAGUC